AAUGGCCUUUCGCGGAUUCCGUAGUUCUUAUAGGCGCGUAUAAGUAUAUGUCUUCUGUAGGUAUGUAGCGCUGUUUAGACAGUGUUAUUGCAUGUAUCUGUACACUUUCACAAAAAUGUGUGUUUUUCCUGAGCUGACAUUAUAACGACUUGGUAUUUUACCGACAGAAUCUCGUUUUGUUUGUUAAUAAUGACGUGAGUUUUGAGCCAAACAGUCGCCGUGACACUUUCAAACCGUGGUUAAGCUACCUAACUUCAGUGGAAUAAAGUUAAGCUACUGAGUGUCAUAAUGUUGGCGACGUUGUCGAGAGUGAAAUCUCCGUGGCUUUCUCCCGACACAUUUUUAGGAUACAUAAUAGGACAUGAGGUUAGAAGACAAGAAGUACGCGUGUUCUGUUAUAUUAGUUCUCCAGUAUCAGCGGCGUGGAAACUGCAAGUUACCGGUGGAGUCAGGGGUGUCAGCAGCUCCUGUACUCUGUGCGCCAAGGCCCGAGGAAACCCCAAGAAGAGAGAGAUGUCCGAGAAACAGCUGACACGUCACUUUGUAGACCAUCGCCAUGUGAAGCUGGUGGCUGGCUCAGGUGGUAAAGGGCUCUGUAGCUUUCACAGUGAACCCCGAAAAGAGUGGGGUGGACCCGAUGGAGGGAAUGGAGGCGAUGGAGGAAGUAUCGUUAUGAAAGCUGACCGGUUUGUCAAAUCAUUGGCGCAAAUACUUCCCAUCUACAAGGGAGAGGAUGGGCAAUCAGGGGGCAGCAAGAACUGUUAUGGUCGAAACGGUAGCCCAACUUUCAUUAGUGUUCCAGUAGGAACUGUGGUGAAGGAAGAGGGCAGAACUAUAGUAGAUCUUUCUGAGCAUGGCCAGGAGUAUCUGGCUGUUUUUGGAGGAGCUGGAGGGAAAGGGAAUCGAUUCUAUCUGUCCAAUGAGAACCGUGCCCCAAUGACAGCAACCUCAGGAAUGGUCGGCCAGGAGAGGAUUCUUCUGCUAGAGCUACGCACCAUGGCUCAUGCUGGUCUGGUGGGGUUUCCUAAUGCUGGGAAAUCAUCAUUAUUGAGAGCCAUCUCUAAUGCCCGGCCGGCUGUGGCUGCUUAUCCAUUCACAACACUUAAUCCGCAUGUAGGAAUUGUCAAGUACAGGGACUAUGAGCAAGUUGCAGUGGCUGACAUCCCAGGCAUCAUUCGAGGAGCUCAUCUAAAUCGAGGUCUGGGCCUCUCUUUUCUACGUCACAUAGAGCGCUGCCGUUUCCUCCUCUUUGUUCUGGACCUGUCGACUCCAGAGCCCUGGACUCAGCUCCAGCACUUGCGUUAUGAAUUAGACCAGUAUGAUCCUGGUCUGUCCCAGCGGCCUCAGGCCAUCAUAGCCAACAAAAUUGACCUACCUGAGGCCCGGAAGAAGCUUGAGACUCUAAGGAGCCAUGUUACAGAGCGAGUCAUCCCUGUGUCGGCUUUGACAGGACAGAAUACAGAGGAGCUCAUCCUCCACCUCAGAGAGCUGUAUGAUGGCUACCUCCAAGGAGAAGGCAAACCCACUAGGUGGUAGUAAAAAGGAUUUCCUCUUUCUCUACAGAUAUUUCAAUUAUGUACAUUUUUUGAAUUUCUUUGCCAAGGGUCAGCCUGUUGAGACAAAUCACAAAGCUAGAGAAGGAUAUUUGAGUGCAAUAAGAUAGCAUGGAUGACUCUGAGGAAAAGAGUUUGAACAUCAAAACUGUAUGGAGACUGUGAAAUAACUGGAUAAACAUCCCAUAUCCAUUUCCCAAAUCAGCCAGCAGAGGGCUUGUCUCAUAAUAUAAAAAAAUAAAAUGGCUUG